AUGGAUGAUUCUAGUGAAGAAUUGCGUGUUAUUCGUUUUGGUUCAAAGUCUCUAAGUAAAUGGCAGAGGUCUUAUGGUCCCACAAAAUUGGAGCUUCUUGGUAUGGUAACAGCAAUAUUAGACUGUUCAAUGUAUUUAAGGGGACAGAAAUUCGUAGUUGAAUGUGAUCACCAAGCACUUAAGCCACUUUUUCAAAAACAGUUAAAAGGAGCAAUCUAUGAAAGGUGGAUCGCCAUAUUACAGCAGUUUAAUUUUGAAUUGAGAUAUAAACCGGGUAAAGACAUGCAAGUCGCCGACGCUCUGUCCCGUGCGCCUAACAAAUCGUCAACAACAGGUUUUGAAAGUCCGGACCAGCUUGAUCCAUAUUUUCCCUAUCACACUGAAAAUGUCGGAAAUAUUAUUACACCGAAUGGCAUGCCUUUUACAAACUUAUUGUGUAGUGACAAAUCAAGUGACACCGACGAGCUACAGCUUAAUAAUAUUGAUAUUUUGCAAAAUUUGUUUAGUAGGUCAGUCAGUGAAUCUUUCAAACAAACAGACUUUGAAUAUGAUGGCGAUACCGAGGAAAAUGAUGAUUGUGUUAAACGCAAAUUUACUAAGAAACGAAUUCGCACGAAUCAACCCAUAUCGAUAGUCGAAAAACCGAUGGCGUCUGACAUUUCCGACUCAACUGCAAAAGUUUCCGAAAAAGAACAUUCUGUUCAAUCUUACGAUAAAGGUGAAACAAGUGAUGAAAACCUUAUGAUGAACAAUUCAAGCGAAGCAAGUCAAUUUAUUACAAAUAAGGUCGAAACGAGCCAAUCUGCAUUAAGCUCAUCAAAUAUCUCUGAAAGUGAUAGCAUAGUAUCGACAACUGUAGACAAUUCGUCAGAUGUUAAUUUUAUUUCCGAUGAGCAAACUGUCCAACAGAAAAUAGAAUCUAUGAAAAUUUUCCGAAAUUGUGAUUUCAGUCCGAAAAGUUUAAAACAGUUACAAGUUAAUGACCCGCAAUUUGGCAAUAUUUUCCGAUAUUUAGAAAAUGGUGAUUUACCACAAUCACAAAAACUAGCUCGUAAAGUUCUACUUGAAUCAGGAGAUUUUUCUUUAUUCGAUGACUUGCUUUUUCACACUAGAGUCGCAAGAUCUAAGCGAACACAACAAUUUUGUCAGUAUCAGCUUGCGUUACCUGAAAUAGCCGUAAAAACAAUUAUUUCGCUUUACCACGAUUCACCACUUGGAGGCCAUGGCGGCAUACAGCAUACAAUAGAUUUGAUAAGGGAACAUUAUUAUUUUUCAAAUUUAGCAGGAAAAGUGUCCGACUUCAUAAAAUCUUGUCAUGCUUGCCAGUGUCGUAAGAUGACUACCAGAAAGACUAAAGCCGGCAUUGUUGCUUUUCAAACUCCAAUUCGUCCUUUUCAAGUUUGGGAAAUUGACCUUUUUGGUCCUGUUCCAGUGUCUAAGUCAGGCAACAGUUACGUGUGUACUGCAGUCGAUAUGUUUAGCAAGUUUAUUUUUACAGAGCCUAUACCAAAUUCCGACCCAAUUACUGUUUCGCAUGCACUUUAUAAAAUAAUCACUCAGUUUGGUGUUUUUGAUACUCUUAUUAGCGAUCAUGGAUCCGAGAUGAUAGGAAAAUGCACGAAAGAAAUAUGUAGACUUUUAGAUAUCAAACAACAAUUCACACCAAGUUUUACACAUCACUGUUUGGGAACUUGCGAACGCUCACACAGAACCUUAGCAGAGCGAAUUACACCGUAUUUGUUGAACAAUACAAAUUGGGAGGAUUUUAUUCCAAGCAUCGUCUUUUCUAUGAACAAUUCCGUAAAUGAAGGAACAAAAUAUUCACCAUUUGAGAUUAUCUAUGGACAAAGACCAUCAUUUCCCUUAUCGUGUGUAUCAAAAACCGCAUUUUCAGAAAUUCCCAAAGAUUAUCACAAUUAUAUUCGAGAGUUUGCUGACAAACUUGAAUUCAUUCGAAAACAAGUGCGUGAAAAUUCAGAAAAAUCUAAAAUAUCAAUGAUUGAAAGGGCUAAUCAGAAAGCUCAUAAUUUGUCCCUAGAAAAAGGGGAUUAUGUGUACUUAGGAAAAGACCCAAGAGGAGCUGGUCAGAAAUUUAAGCUAAAACAUGCAGGACCGUAUUUCAUUCAUCAAAUAGACAGUCCUCAUCUUUAUUCGUUAAUGGACCCAAAUACAAACAAAAUUAUUACAAAAGUGCAUAUAAACCGUUUAAAACCAGCGUAUAUUCGUGUACCAAAUCCAUGUGAAUAUUUUAUGGAUCGUGUUAUAAACAAACAAGAUACCGUGGAUACUGCGUCAACAAGUCAUGAUAAUUUGAUUAGUGAACAAUCUAGCACAAAUAACGAAAUUCAAGAAGUGACAAAUCUCCGGAGAUCAACAAGACAGAGACAAAAACCUAUUCGAUUCAGAGACGAUUAUUUUGUAACAUCAGGCAAUGAAACAAGCUCUGUGUCAGACGGGACAUUAUUAAAAGUGAAAAGAUUUUUAGCAAAGAAAAAUCACGAUGGAAAUACUCGCUACCUUGCGCAUUUAAUAGGGGAACCGGCGCAAAACGCAAUUUGGAUCGAAGACAAUCAGUUAGGACCAAAGGCGCGUGCCUUAUUGAAGUCGAGACCACCUCCGAUUAUUCCGUAA